AUGUACGACAACAUCGUGCCGGAGUUGGAACAAAUGUAUGCCAGCGUUGGGGUGUCGUUGCAAUUCAAACCAAACAAAUAUCGAUUUGCGCAUGAAAUGAGUUGCAACUACAUUUUGAUGGAAGAUCUGCAGGCGAGGGGAUUUGAAAUGGCACCGCGUCGGGAGGGGCUCGACGUCGCACAUACAAAGACAGUACUUGACAAGCUAGCCCAGUGGCAUGCGGCCUCGGUUAAGAGAAUUGUAGUUAAGGGCGCCUACCCGGAGGGAUAUAUCAAGAGUUACUUCUCAGAGCAGAAUUUGCCUUUUAUCGUCAAAAUGAAUGCAGCGUUUAACGAGCCAUUCGCGCAAUGCAUGGAUGCCUACGACUUGAUUCCCACAGAGAAGGAGCUUAUAACUCAAUGCGAUAAAAGCGCUCCGAAUACGCAAUUGAGUUAA